AUGACGCUAAUCUCAAAAGUGCAGGCGCAACGCAAAUUUGCCCAAGGAGCUUAUGUGCCGCCUAGUCCAAAUGUAACGAACAAUGCAAUAAAUAGAAGAGAUCUUACAAAUGAAAAACCAAUAUCAUAUGUUUUUCGACAUAAUACUUCUGCCAGGAAACUCUUAGACUCGAUAUCAUUUGAAAGUAUACACAAGCACAAUCCAAUUGUGUUAUUGGAAAGAUUGCAAGAACAGCCAAAUACGCAAAUGGAUGAUGAGCCUAAUGUUAGCAAUGAGGCACUCACACCAGCUGUCAGUAAUUUGACUACUAAAGCACAAGUUCAACCAGUCCAAAAGAAAGUAACUAGAUUAGCAAAUAAUAUAAAAAAUAUUGCAACAUGCAUAUGUACAAAACCAGUAGCUGAGAACAAAAGAAAAGUUAUUACUAAAAGAAAGUCGAAAAACUGUUCAUUACGAUGUCUAGAACUACAAAAAGUGAAGAGUCAAAAAUAUAUGUUGACGUCGCCACAACCUGCACAAACCGAGCUUCCACAUAACAAUGAAGAAUCCCAGAAUAAUGAAGUGCCAAGUGGCAGUGAGGUUUCAUUUGCAAAUGAACUAGAGCAGAAAUCUAGCUGUAAUGAUUUUUCGAAACGCAAUGAAACAGUUAAUAGUAAGGAUAAAAGGAUUCGUAAAGGCACGCUACACUACGAUGAAGGACCAAGUCCUAAAAAAGCAAAUCGUAAUGUUUCAUCGACUCACAAUGAGUCACUGAAUAAUGAAGACGUGUUGAACUGUAAUAGAACAGAAAAGAAACACACAAACAAACCAAAGUACAAAGAGUCCCCAACUCUUAAGGGAAUACCAAAUGCCAAUGCCAAGGAAGCUACAACAUGUGUGGAGGACUCGAACCUUGUAGAUACUCCAAGUUAUGAACCAUCUCCAAGGGAAUCAGGUAUACUUAGGUUACCUUUGACAAAUAAAGAUACUAUCACACAAAAUUCUGUUACUCCACAAAAAGCUACCACCACUACAACUCCCGUCAAACUUCCACUCAAAAUUCAGUUAGCGUUGGCGGCUCAUAUAUACAAUGAAACUAAUAGAGAUGUUUCUCGGCUGACUUCAUUUGCUCGAUCAUGCCCGGUUGCAAAAGAAAUUCACAUCAUUGUUCAAAAGCAAACGUCACAGGCGUCUAGCCAAAAGAAAUAUGUAGAUAAAUACGCUGAAAAUGAUACUGUGUCGGAAGAACGACCUGAAAAGCCUUUAGAACCAAUACACAUUUUUAAGUCAUGCAAAUUUUGUAAAUCUCUAAAAAACAACAUAAAAACAUAUCAAAAGACUGUAAAGCACGAAGAAAGCCUCAUUCUAAACUCGGGUAUUAAAGUAUUUCAAAUAAGUCGUUCUACCACUGCACUACUGACUGCCCUAGAGACUGGAAAACUGGCUUCACACAUUUUACCUCUUCAAUUUAUUUUACCUAUUCAAAAUACAAGUGAAGAAGAGGACAUAAAUAACUCGGUUGCUUGUAAAGAAAAGCAAUUAAAGAACAGAAGACAGUCUGUUGCUUGGCAAGAAAAGCCAGUAAAAGAAACAAGACAGUCGGUUGCUACUAGUCAAGAAAGGCCAACAAAGGAAAGAAGGCAGACGGUAGCUAGUCACGAAAAGCCAGCAAAGGAAAGGAGACAGUCGGUUGCUAGUAAAGAAAAGCCAGCAAAAGAAAGAAGACAAUCAGUUGCUUGUCAAGAAAAGCCUGUAGAGGAAAAACAACAGUCGGAUGAUUGUUUAGAGAAGCCAUUAAGGGAAAGAAGAAAGUCUAUUGCUUGUAAAGAAAAGCCUGUAAUGGAAAAAAAACAAUGGGAUGCUUGUUUAGAAAAGCCAUUAAAAGAAAGAAGAAAGUCGAUUGCUUGCCAAGAAAAGCCUGUAAAUGCUUCUCUAGAAAUGCCAUUAAAUGAAAGAAGGCAAUCGGUUGCGUAUCUAGAAAAACCAUUAAAGGAUAGAAGACAUUCGGUUUCUUGUCAAGAAAAGCUAGUGAAGGAAAGACGAAGAUCGGUUGGUUGUCUAGAAAAGCCAGUAAAGGAAAGGAGACAAUCGGUUGCUUGUCAAGAAGAACAAGUUAAAGAAAGAAGAAAUUCGGUUGGUUGUCAAGAAAAGUUAUUUAAUAAAAGAAGACACUCUGUUGCCAGUACGUCGUAUGUCGAAUGUGUGUCACCAACCGAAACCGACGAGAUCAAUGCCACUGAUAGUGAAAUUGAGAGUAAUGAGACGAAAAAAAUGAGCAGACCGUCAGACCAAGAAAAAAUAUAUAAAACAUAUAACCCGGGUAAAGGCAAAAUAGUUGAGGCGCCAUCAUUCCGUCCCACUGAAGCAGAAUUUAGAGACCCUGUAGCAUAUUUCCAAAAAAUAACGCCAGAAGCAGCGAAAUACGGGCUAUGCAAAGUAAUAGCACCUCCGGGCUUCAAACCUUCUUGUACACUCAAUGACUCUAUCCGAUUUGUUGUGACGAACCAGUACUUGGCGCGGUUUUACAGUCGAUGGGGACCAGUGACGCGAGAAUUAUGCGCCUUGCGAUCAUUUUUAGCGUCGCAAAACAUAGCCUUCUCUCAUUCGCCUUUAUUAGAAGGCUUAGAAGUCAAUCUGCCUAAGAUGUUGCAUUUUGUUCAACGUCAAGGGGGGCUUAAAGCGAAUGUCAAAAGUAGAACGUACGUGGAUACGAGAAAAUGGAACAAGUUAGCCGAGGAACUUAAUUAUACUAAAUUAAAUAAUCCAGCUAAAAAAUUGGACCAAAUAUAUGUUAAAUAUCUGUUACCCUAUGAUGCCCUUACUCAAAGGGAGCGUCAAGAACUAACGGAGAAAAUGGACAGGAAAUGGUCGAAAAGAAAUGAUAAGCUGAUUCUACGAGCACAGAACCCGCUUCACCGUCAGAAGAGGUUGUUGGGCGAAUCCGACUCGUCAGAUGACGAUGACUUUGAAGAUAAUCAGCACAUGACUGCAGCGCUAAAUGAGGCUGAGGAAUGCGUUGUACGGGGACGCGUCAUGAACCUCGCUAAUUUUAAGAAGAUAGCUACCACCGCUCGGAAAAUAUUUUUCCCAUCAACGCCUUCGACGUCCGAAAUUGAAUCUCAGUACUGGAAACUUGUUCUCUUGGGCAAUGAGCAUGUGUGCGUUAACACUGCUUCAAUAGACACGGGUGUUGAGGGCUACGGCUUUAGUAAGAACAAGAAUGAACAAUAUGGCAAACACCCUUGGAAUUUAAAGAUGUUAAGCCAGAACAGUGGCAAUGUGUUGCGUUCUCUCGGGCCUGUGCUGGGUGUGACGGUACCAACGCUGCACGUGGGUAUGAUUUAUUCGACUAGCUGUUGGCACCGCGACCCACACGGCCUGCCCUGGAUUGAAUACAUGCAUACAGGCCCGGAGAAGAUUUGGUACGGCAUACCAGAUUCUGAAAGUAACAAAUUCCGUCGUGCAGUCGAGAGCCUAUGCCCAACUGCUUGUCAGAACAAAUCCAUAUGGCUCCCAUCUGAUAUUGCUAUGAUACCACCAACAUUGCUUCUAGAGAGAAAUGUCUCUAUGUCACGAGUGGUUCAGAAGCCCGGCGAAUAUAUCAUUGUAUUCCCUAAAGCAUACUCUUGUUCUAUAUGUACGGGAUACACUGUCUCAGAGAGUGUUUAUUUCGCAACCAACUCGUGGGUUAAAAGUGUUAACUAUGUUUUUCAAGAACUACGUCAAAGCUGCGAGCCGACAAUGUUUUCCCUGGAGCAGCUGUUGAUUUCGGUGGCUCGCGACCCGAACGCAUCACUCACCAUGCUGCAGUUGGUACACGAGAGUUUCUCCGCUAUACUCUCCGAGGAAAUAGAGAAUCGUCGCCAGCUCGAGGGACACGGACUCAAGCCCUUCAUUAUCCAGUCCGAGAAACGUAGCGCAGCUGGUGCUUGGAACGUCCACGAGAACGAAUGUGAAGUUUGCCGAUCAACUCUUUACUUGUCUCGGGUAAAAGGAGUGUUUCGCAAGAAGUAUUCCGUUUGUUUACGACACGCGUUACAAGUCCUCGACACGAAGAAUAAGAAGAUAGAAAGAUGUGAGACAGAGACGUUUGAACUAGAAUAUUUCUUUUCAAACACGGAGUUGGAGGAAGUUAUAUCAUCAGUAAUAGAACGUUUAACAAAAACUACUUAAGAUGUUACCGUGUGGUAAUUUUUUAAUUUAAUUAAAGCAGGAUGAGCAAUGGCUUCAGAAAAUUGCAAAUUAUAAUGAUGAUUAACUACGGUUUGUCAAGGAGAAAAUGAAGAGGACAUCUUAAUAAGACUUUUUAAAUGUUAGCCUUAAAUAAGUGAUAUAAUAAUUCGAAAAUUUACGAUAAAUUAAUAUAAAAACCCAUUGGUUUAAGUGACCCAGCAACAUAGUAUACCUGAUACUUUUACCUUAUGGUGAUUUUUUAAUUUAAUUAAAGCAGGUUUCAUAAAAUUGCAAAUUAUAAUGAUGAUUAACUCCGAUUUGUCAAGGAGAAAAUGAAGAAGAUAGAUUAAAAGACUGUUUAUAAUGUUAGCCAAAAACAAGUGAUAUAAUUAAUCAAAUAUUUACGAUAAAAUGUAAAAACUAAUUAGUUUAAGUGAACCAACAACAUAGUAUAGUUGUUAAUUUUACCGUAUGGUGAUUUUUUAAUUUAAUUAAAGCAGGGUGAGCAGUAAUUUCAUAAAAUUGUAAAUUAUAAUGAUGAUUAAUUCCAGUUUGUCAAGGAGAAAAUGAAGAGGAUAGAUUAAGACUUUGUAAAUAUUAGUCAAAAAUAAGUGAUAUAAUUAAUUAAAAAUUUAUGUAAAAAUACAAAAACUAAUUGGUUCAAGUGACCCAGCAAAACAUAGUUAUAGUUGGUACUUUUACCGUAUGAUAAUUUUUUUUUAAUUUAAUUAAAUCAGAAUGAGCAGUGAUUUUAGAAAAUUGCAAAUUAUGAUGAUGAUUAACUCCGGUUUGUCAAGGAGAAAAUGAAGAGGAUAGGUCAAGACUUUUUAAAUGUUAGCCAAAAAUAAGUGAUAUAAUAAUUCGAAAAUUUAUGAUAAAAUAUAAAAACCAAUUGGUUUAAGGUACCCAGCAACAUAGUAUAGUUGGUACUUUUACCGUAUGGUAAUUUUUUAAUUUAAUUCAAGCAGGAUGAGCAGUAAUUUCAGAAAAUUACAAAUUAUAAUGAUGAUUAAUUCCAGUUUGUCAAGGAGAAAAUGAAGAAGAAAGGUUAAUUAAGACUGUUUUUACAUGUCAGCCAAAAAUAAGAGAUAUAAUUAACGAAUAUUUACUAUAAAAUAUAAAAACUAAUUGGUUUAAGUGAACCAAAAGUGUUUAUGAAUCGCGUUUAACGCAUACUUUCUCAAUUUAAUUACUGUGUGAUGUAAAACUUAAUUGAUUACAGGUAUAUGUUUAAGUGGACCAUUAAUUAAAUAUGAAUUAUUAAAGCUUUUGUCCACGACA